AUGUCUUCUUCCACAAAGGAAGUUAUUGUUGUUGAGGAUCCUGUCUUUGGCAGUACCGGUCAAGAUGGCCCAAACUAUCGUGCUCUCGGUUGGGUGUCUACAUUUGCACUUAUGACAAAAACACAGAUUGGUCUCGGCGUUUUAUCGAUCCCUAUGAGCUUUGAUAUCCUUGGCCUUAUCCCUGGCAUGUUUACUCUGUGUUUUAUCGGUGUAAUUACCGGGUGGUCCAACUACAUGGUUGGCGUUUUCAAGCAAAACCACCCCGACGUAUAUACGAUUGACGACGCUGGAUUCAAAAUGUUUGGACGGUAUGGACGCGAGUUUUUUGCAGUCAGUUUCAUGCUCAAUUGGAUUUUUAUCUCUGGAUCAGCCAUGUUGGGAAUAUCAAUCGCCUUCAACGCCGUUUCAAGGCAUGCCGCAUGCACCGCUGUCUUCGUCGCAAUCGCUGCUCUCCUCACCUUCGCCUUUGCAAGCAUCAGGACUCUUGGCAAGAUAGGAUGGCUUGCCUGGAUUGGCCUUGUUUGCAUCAUGACCGCCAUCUUUACCGUCACCAUUGCUGUUACGCUCGAAGAUCAACCCGCCGUAGCUAGGUCUCUUGGUGUCGUUGAUUGGGAGCCAGACUGGAAACUAUUCGGCAAUCCCAGCGUCCAGCAGGCCUUCAGUGCAGUCGGUUGUCAAGUCUUUGCCUUUGCUGGCACGCCCGCCUUUUUCUCCAUAGUGGCAGAGAUGCGCGAUCCCGGACUUUACACCCGCGCCUUGAUUUGUUCUCAAUCAGUUGUGGCUACAGUGUACAUUAUCAUUGGAUGCAUUGUCUACAUCUACUGCGGCUCUUAUGUUGCAUCCCCUGCACUAGGCUCAGCUGGUCCCUUGAUAAAGAAAAUCUGUUAUGGAUUUGCCCUUCCUGGACUACUUGUUACUGCCAUGAUCGUCACUCAUAUCCCGGCAAAGUACGUCUUCCUCCGUAUCCUCCGUGGUUCUGAGCAUUUGCACCGCAACAGUCUCGUCCAUUGGGGAACUUGGCUUGGCUGUACAGCCGGUAUUACCGUGACUGCAUACAUUAUCGCAAGCGCCAUCCCCAUCUUUGGCUCUCUUGUGUCACUCAUCGGUUCAACCUUUGGUACUUUGCUCUGCUUCCAGCCAUAUGGAUGUAUGUGGCUCUAUGACAAUUGGGGCAAGAACCGCGGCAAGGGAUGGAUGCUCAUGGUUGGCUGGAGCGUAUUGGUCAUAAUUGUAGGUACAGCUGUUAUGAUAGGAGGUACCUGGGGCACAAUCUUGGACAUUAUCAGGGAGAGCCGCACAUCGACGGGUUCUGCGUGGUCGUGUGAUGAUAACUCCUGA